GUCUUUGCGCCGGGCCCCGACAGGGAGGCGAUCACUGAGCAGAGCAGGGCCCCGCCCCGGGCUCCAUUGUUGAGGCAGCUGGCUCUCCGCGGGCUGCGCUCCUCUCGGACGCCCUGAGUGCACCAGCCACUAGAUCCUGAGCAAUGGAAGAAUUAAUAGUUGAACUUCGUCUCUUUCUGGAGCUCCUGGACCAUGAGUACCUCACGUCAACUGUCAGAGAGAAAAAGGCCGUGCUCACCAACAUCCUGCUGCGAAUACAGUCAUCAUCCAAGGGCUUUGAAGUGAAGGACCAUGCUCAGAAGGCAGAGGCCAACAGCCUGCCAGCACCUCCCCAGAUGCCUCUGCCUGAGAUCCCUCAGCCAUGGCUGCCUCCUGACAGCGGGCCUCCGCCAUUACCAACGUCCUCUCUGCCAGAGGGUUACUAUGAGGAAGCCGUGCCGUUGAGUCCUGGAAAAGCUCCAGAGUACAUCACCUCAAAUUAUGACUCUGACGCCAUGAGCAGUUCCUAUGAGUCGUAUGAUGAAGAGGAAGAAGACGGAAAAGGGAAGAAAACCAGGCACCAGUGGCCUUCGGAGGAGGCCUCUAUGGACCUGGUUAAAGACGCCAAGAUCUGCGCCUUCCUGCUGCGCAAGAAACGGUUUGGCCAGUGGACCAAGCUGCUCUGCGUCAUCAAGGACACCAAGCUGCUGUGCUAUAAAAGUUCCAAGGACCAGCAGCCCCAGAUGGAGCUGCCGCUGCAAGGCUGCAGCAUCACCUACAUCCCGAGAGACAGCAAGAAGAAGAAGCAUGAGCUGAAAAUCACCCAGCAAGGCACCGACCCACUGGUUCUCGCCGUCCAGAGCAAGGAGCAGGCUGAGCAGUGGCUGAAGGUGAUCAAAGAAGCCUACAGUGGCUGCAGUGGCCCUGUGGAUCCAGAGUGCUCUCCACCACCCAGCACCAGUGCCCCUGUGAACAAGGCUGAACUGGAGAAGAAAUUGUCUUCAGAGAGGCCCAGCUCCGAUGGAGAAGGUAUCGUGGAAAAUGGAGUCACCACAUGCAAUGGAAAAGAGCAAGUGAAGAGGAAGAAAACCUCCAAGUCAGAUGCCAAGGGGACUGUGUCCAAGGUCACUGGGAAGAAAAUCACCAAAAUCAUCGGUCUGGGGAAGAAGAAGCCAUCCACAGAUGAGCAGACCUCAUCAGCGGAGGAAGACGUGCCCACCUGUGGGUACCUAAAUGUGCUCUCCAACAGCCGCUGGCGGGAGCGCUGGUGCCGAGUGAAGGACAGCAAGCUCAUUUUCCACAAGGACAGGGCCGACCUGAAGACCCACAUUGUCUCCAUCCCUCUACGUGGCUGCGAAGUGAUUCCGGGCUUGGAUUCCAAGCACCCGCUGACCUUCCGGCUGCUUCGCAAUGGACAGGAGGUAGCUGUGUUAGAGGCAUCAUCUUCUGAAGACAUGGGCAGAUGGAUUGGCAUCUUACUGGCAGAGACGGGAUCUUCAACAGAUCCAGGAGCCCUGCACUAUGACUACAUAGACGUGGAGAUGUCAGCAAAUGUUAUACAGACGGCCAAACAGACCUUUUGCUUUAUGAACAGGCGGGCAGUGUCCACAAGCCCAUACCUGGGGAGUAUCUCCAACGGCUACGCCCACCCCAGCGGGACAGCAUUGCACUAUGAUGAUGUCCCCUGUGUCAACGGCUCGUGGGACACGGAUGGCGGCUUUCCUGGCUGUGGGAGCAGAGGCCUGGCGGAAGAGGUGCUUUAUGAUAACGCGGGCCUCUACGAUAACUUGCCAUCACCGACUAUCUUUGCUCGCUCCUCUCCUGCUGACCGGAGGGCAUCUCGGCCACCUGCUGACAGGCUGUCCUCUAACCACUACAAAUCCCCCACCUCCUGCAGCCCACCCUGCUCCCCACCUGUCACUAACACCUCUUCUGUGGGGAGGGCGUCUCUCGGGCUACACUCCCAGUUGAAGAGCAAAAAACCUCCAGUGGCAUCUAAUGGGGUUUCCAUAAAGGGGAAGGUUCCGAGCAGCCAGCAAAAAAAAGUGGAUUCUGCAGGUGGCGUGAAACGGACAGCAUCAAAUGCUGACCAGUACAAAUAUGGUAAGAACCGGGUGGAAGCAGAUGCCAAGCUGUUACAGUCCAAAGAGGAGGAGCUGCUGAAGAGGAAAGAGGCCCUGCGGAACAGGCUAGCACAGCUCCGGAAAGAGAGGAAGGACCUGAGGGCCGCCAUCGAAGUGAAUGCAGGCAGGAAGACCCAGGUGGCCCUGGAGGACAAGCUGAAGAGGCUGGAGGAGGAGUGCAAACAGAGGGAGGCCGAGCGGGUCAGCCUGGAGCUGGAGCUGACUGAGGUCAAGGAGAGCCUGAAGAAGGCCCUGGCCGGGGGCGUCACGCUAGGACUGGCUAUUGAGCCCAGGUCGGGGACAUCAAGUCCACAGUCUCCUGUGUUUCGGCAUCGGACUCUGGAAAACUCUCCCAUUUCCAGCUGUGAUACGAGUGAUGCUGAGGGGCCCCUGCCUGUGAACAGUGCAGCCGUCCUGAAGAAGAGCCAAGCAUCCUCAGGCAACUCCCCUUGCCGUGGGCACGUGCUGCAGAAGGCCAAGGAGUGGGAGCUGAAGAAUGGGACAUAGAGGGAGGCCAGCCGCACCCAGACAGAGACUGCGUACUGCCACCAGCCUCAUACAUGUGCCUCCCAAAGUGGCCUGAGCAUGACUUCAGAAGUUUGGACUGAGUCUGACGCUGACCCUUGGCCAGCGUGCGUGCACGCUCUCUACUGUAUGACAGUGCCCUUUAGGAAAAUUUACUUUAAGACUUUGGUGUCCAAAUUUGCUUGUUAGAAAGCAGAAACAAAAGGGGUUGACAAGUUGUUUUGAAGUACCCUCUGGCAGACGGGGCAGGUAUGGUUCUGAGGCUCUCAGUUCAACCCUAGCUUGCAGCCAUGGACCAUGUGCCCCUGGGAGAUGGAGUGGCCCAAGCCUUCCCCAUGUGCGGCCAGAGUCCAUACAUCAUCCUGUUUGCCAGAGAGUCCUGCUCUACAGUAGCAUGAACUCCUUGUGUCUCUGCAGCACCCCCCUCCGCCUGUCCCCUUGUCACUGGAGGUAAAGCCAUGAGGAAUAGUGCUGAGAAGUGAUUUUUAAGGUUUGGUUUUGUUUGGGGGCAGACACUUUUGUUACCAGGAUGGAAAAGUCAUUCUUUUUGCUAAUGUUUUCUUUUAAAGAAAAUGUCCCUUUUUAUCACGUGCUAAGCUUAGAGUUUAGGGACUUUUCAGAGGCCCUGUUUCCCAUUUUAUGAUGUAUUUUGAGAGGCAGCACUGAGCUUUUCAGUCCUUGGCUAGCAGUUGCCCCUUCACCUUGACCUGAGACCCCUACCUCCCCUACUGCCAGGCAGGAACUCCUCAGCCCAAGAGGUAUACUGGUCACCAUCUGCCUGUAGAUCUAACAGUCGGGGCUGGAGCUUCCUUUGGAAACAGAGCAGGUUCAAGAACCCAUAGUCAAGUCUUGACCACCUUUGAACAGAGACAGAUCCUUCCAGAGCACCUCCCUCCCCUUUAUAGUUGAAGCCAUGGCUCACAGGUGCCCUCCUGUGCCCAGGUUCUGACUAGGUGGGUCUCCUCCACUCCCCUGCCUACCUCUGUGCACUGUUUAUUGGAUAGUUCAUUUGCUCAAUAUGCCCAGCCUAUAGCUCACGGAUGGGUCUAGCCUCUCUAUCCUAGGGGUCUGAGAGUCAAACUGGCUUUUUGGGCUUCCAGGAUACUGUCCAGACCUUUCCACCAUGGGAAGUUGAAGGCAGUGAGGGGGAGUUAGCCAUCCCCGCAGACUAAUUCGGGGCCAGUUAUACACAGGCAAUGGGCUUAUUCCCGAGACUGAGAACCUGGUGAUGUGAUGCCGGAGGCAAGCCUUCCCACUCCAGUGCAGAAUGUCCUCAGCACACACAGGAGGAAAGUUUCCCAGGCACUCUGUAGAGUUGCCUUUUGGGCUUGCUCUCUGGGCAGCCUUCAUGGUUAGGGUCUAUGCUCCGUGCUUCAGCCCUGAUGCAGCUGUCUUAGAGUCACCAAAGAGCAGCAAGGUGGUCACCAGUGGACAGGGACACCACACCAGACGUCUAAGCUGCUCAGCUAGAGGUCCUCCCUCCUCAACUGUCCUACGGUGCUUCACUCUCGUGCCUUCCUCCACGGGGCAGUUAGGAUUCUGUGUGGACUAGUUUCUGCCAGGGAACUGUGGAGAAGGACCAGGAAGAGGGAAUGUAGCCUUUUCACGGAGCAGCAACUAUGGGAGCCCUUGGGUCAUCACAGGGAGCUGUGACCAUUUCACGUCACAUGACAUUGAUGCUCUGAGAGGAAAGAGUUAGACCUGCCAUAAUCUGUUGCCUGUGGGUCUCAGAGCAGUGAUUUUGGCCACUCUGAUGGCAGCCUGCUUUGCCAGUAAAGUUGUGCCAGGCUUUGAUUGUUACCAAAACAAGGAGAAUACGCCCAAUUUAACAUCCAGUUCUGGCCAGCAUAGAGGGACGUCUGUAAUGGUGCAGGGAUGUUAGGAGAGCACCAUGUCCUAAUAUGCCAGAUGGGUUUGUCCUGAUGAACACAGUAGCUCCAGGUCCUGGUGUUUAUGUCUUGUGCUGAGAAACCUAGGCUUGUAAUUCACUCUACCCUCAUGGAUCCUGUAAGUUCCACUGAGCCAUCUAAAGUAGGUCCCAGGGAAGGCAAGGCUCCCAACACAGGGUUCUACUGUCCUGUGUUCCCCCUUAAUGUUCUUAGAUUUGGUCAGAAAGAUAGUUUAAAGUAUUUGCUUCAAAAUAAGUUAUUUAUUUGUAUAUGUUCAAUAAAUAUAGUUUUAAUUUAUAUAUGUACAUAUUGGACACCCAUGAGACAUCCGGUCAGGAUGCUCAGUGCUCUCAUUCUGUGACCCUCCCAGAGCCACAGGCAUGACCCCAGCCAUCCAUGGCAUAGGUCUGCUUCGUGUGGAACCAGGUGGGCAGAGGGCCGAGCCAUCCUCCUUCUGUGAGCUGUUGGGUCCUCUGGACCAUGGGAGGUGCCCCACCUUUUGGGAUCCCUCUUUGUCCAAGGCCAUAGUGUUUCUUGGGGUCUACUUUUGUCACAGUUUGGCAAGAUGUCACCAGCUUUCAUAGUCCCCCCACUUUUGUGUCUGUUCACUAUCCCUUUGUAUACAAAUAUCAUGCUAGCCUGUGGGCUUGCUGUGGUCCCUGGCUGGGGCACGGGUGUGAACCCUCACUCUCACACAGUCUCAUGUACCAGUGUUCUUUCAAGGGUGAGCAUGGGUCAGCCAGGAUGAACUGUGAGCUGGGUAUGGACCCGCUGCACUCAGAAUCUCCCAGAAUCCUUGCUGCUCUCCUGCCUCGUGCCAGUAUCUUGUCUCUUCCCUAUGCAUGCCUUGGUACUGGGUGCUGCCUCGCCCAGCUAUCCCCCUCAUUCAGCCACUUUCCCAGUUUGUUCUUGGCUGUUUCUUUGUCGCUAAGCCCACACUGAUGGACUGGAGAACUGGCACUUUUGGAAAACCCACUUUGAAAAGCAAUAUCCCAGGCCCCUAGGCCACUAAGGAAGGCUUAGCAUCCACUGUGUGGGGCUGGCAGUCCCCUUGUUAUAAUUCACAUGCAGGCAGCAGCAGGAGUGCCCCUGAUCUCUCCUCCCGAAGACAAGGGAGAAGCCUCCCCUGCUGUUGAUAACCACCCUGUGCCACCCUCUGGGGAAACCUGAGCCAUGUGAGUCCUCCACCCACACCCAACCUCACCAGCACACAGGAUACCUCCAAGGUCCAUUCCCUGGGUGUGGCCACAUCAAAAUGAUUGACUGCCAUCUUCCUCCUCCUCUCCUUCCUUCUUCUAAAGUCAUUUUAAACCAGAAACAUUUCAAAUCCAUGACAUAUUUUUAAAUUAACUGAAUGUCUGGGUCCUGUCCCCACUGACGUACUACUAGCCACACCAGAGGGCAGGUUUUCUACUGUGAAAUAGACUGAAGAUAACAAGAACACUCCUGUGCUGUCUACACACAGCUCAGCCCCGGGAAGAGGCCGAAGCCAUGUGUGGCCACGUCACUGGUGUGGGAAGCCCGCCCCUUCUUUUUAAGGGACACCCUUUGCCAGUAGCUGGGAACUGUACUGGCUUUGGAAACCUCUACUUCCCACACACCAGAUUGGAUUAUCCUUUCAAUUCAUACUUCUUAGGGACCAAAGGUGUUUCUAAUGUGAUAAUGUUUUUAAUUGAUUUUCUAACAAUGGUUUGCUUUCCAUUUUAACCCAUUUUUACAUUCUAGGUAUUCCAAAUAAACUGCUCGUGGCUCCAAGUUGUAAAAUGUUUUCACGUUAUGAAUGUAAUUAUUUCCUUAUUGUAUUUUUUAAAAAAAAACUAAAGUCAUAUUUAAAAUAAUCUUGGAAAGACACAGGCAAAGCAAAGAGAAAGGUUUUUUUUUUAGUUAACUAUGUUGGUAGCCCAUUUGAAAUGACUGUAAAUAUAUUUUGAUUGUUCAAUUCAAUGUAUUUAAUUCAGAAAGUAAAAAUUUUUAUGCAGAAAGACUUGCAAUGAAAAGAACCCUAGUUUUCAGCCCAUUUCCCUCAUUUUGUAGUCACUUCAUCCAACUUUUCUGCUUUACAAACUGAUUUUUCUACUGUUGUAAGUAUGUACCCAUUGACUGGCGCCCAUUGGCGGGACUCGUUUGUGUUUUAAUAAAGUUGUGCUGUGUGGCCCAGCCUCAUGUCCUCCUGACCGUGGCUCACAGUGCAGCCCAAGACGUC